AAACAUAAUAUAUUCAAAUUACAUAUAUCCAUACACAUUUUAAUUCUGUUUAGUUCAACUAGGCGACGCUUUGUGAUAGCAGUUUUCUCUAUUCGAAAUCUAACCUAAUUUAAACAUACGUGAAAGUUUUAUAAAUAAUUUUAUUAUUUAAAAUAUGUUUUUCUAAAAAUUUGUUUAUUAUAAAUAAUCUAAAAGCACAAUAUAAUAAUAGUUAAAAAAUAAAUAAGAAGAAAUAAAAUAACAUUAAAGAAAUUUUACUGAUCGUAUGAGAAUAUAAAAAAAGAGUUAAUAAUAAAUUAUUACAAUAACUUAAAAUAAACGGAUAACUUUUAUCAUUAAUUGGUUAUUUCUUAAAUAUAACAAUGUAUAAACGUAAAUUUGAUGAAUUAGAAGACAAUAAUAUUGGUAAAUCACCAGUAAAAAACUCAUUAGAUUCAGAUGAAGAAGAUGAUGAUGCUAACGAAGAUAAUUAUAAUAUAAUGAGUGACGAUGAAAUUGAAGGUGCUGAAGAUGGACCAAGUGCUUCAGAAACAAAUAUAGGAUUUACAGCAUUCAAUAUGAAAGAAGAAUUAGAAGAAGGACAUUUUGAUAAACAGGGUCAUUAUCUUUGGAAUAAAGAAAAAGAAAUUAGAGAUAAUUGGUUAGACAACAUUGAUUGGAUGCAGAUCAAACCGAGUUCUACAGCAAGUGUAAAGAAGAAAAGUGAAAGCGGUAAAACUCAUGGACUGGCAGAUAGCGAUAGUGAGGAUGAAGCUCCAGAUAUUAUGUUCAAUCCAACUCAGAUUUAUAAACAAAUAUUGGAAUACUUACAACCUGGAGAAACUGUUUCUAAGGCUUUAUGCAGGCUUGGGAAAGGAAAAAAGAAAUUAACUACUGCAGAAAGAUGGAAAAGAAAACAGGAAAAGAAAUCAAUUGAAGAUGAUCAAAAUUCUAUUAGUAUAACAAAAUUAACAGAAUUAGCAAAUGAACUGUUAACUCGUACUGGAAAUAUGGAUAUAUAUCAAGAAAGUUAUGAACAUAUUAAAAAGAAGGUUGAGAUAGGAGAAAAACAUGCUCAUCCUUCUAAACAAGAAGCAGAAUUAGAUAUGUAUGCUGAUGAUUUUGAUGUAAAAGAAAAAGCAAAAUUGGAUGGAAAUGAAGGUAAUGUUAAUGAAAUUGAUAAUUCUGAAAAUGAACAUAAAGAAGAAGAAAUAAUGUGGGAAUUAAAAUGGUCACAAGAUGAAAAUGCAGAAAUUCAUGGUCCACAUACAAGUGAACAAAUGCAUGCAUGGGCAAAAGAAGGUUAUUUCAAAAGCGGGGCUUGGGUACGAAGAAGAGGUCAAAAUAAUCAGUUUUAUAAUGCUGCAAGAGUGGAUUUUGAACUUUAUCUGUGAUGUUUUAUUUUGAUAUAGCCAUUUUAUAAGAAAUCCAUUAAUUGCAAUUUUUUGAUGAUGAAUUAUCAAACUAGUGCUUUAAUUUCAAUGCAAUUAAAAAAAAAUGUUUAAUAUAACAAAAUAUAGACUAAUUAUGUGUCAAUAUGUACAGUAUUGUUACAACUUCAAUACACACAUACUCUGGCAUUUUAAAACUACAAAUAUAAUAAAUAUAUCAAAGCUAAAAAUUGUCUUUGUCUAUAUUUAAAAAAAGAGUAUUAUCAGUAAUAAUAUUGAUUAAUAACUCGUUCUGUGUAACUAAAAUGUAUAAUAAAUAACUAUUGUUCAUUCUUGAUACAUAACGUACAAAUAAAAUUAAUUAAAAAAUUUA